CAGUCAGUCACUCGGGGUGUGCGAAAGUCUCGCGGUUCGCUGAUCGUGCCGUUGUCUUGCAGUCGGCUUCCAAACGGCAACCAGAGUGGAUGCAGCAAUCGGUCGGUCGGAGCUAAGCGUCUAACAGAAUCCUAUCGACGGCGGACGGUUUCCUUCUUUCUUUCGGGAAGUGAGUGAAUUUUUCCCAGUAACUUAGCACUGUCCCUUAGCGUCGCGCGUGAAAACGGCUCGUGAUCGUUGGUGGCGGUUAGCGAGGUGACGACGGUGCAAGUGGCACACGCGUGCGUGCGUGUGGUUUGGAUUGCAAUCGUGACACGAUCGUGAAAACUUAGUCUGCUGCUGUUUCUGUGCGUGUUCCGAUUCGACUCAUUAGUGGGCACCGUGAAAGAAAGUGAGAGUGACAAAAUUGGUGCAAUCGUGUCUCGGUGGAUUUUGUUUUGAAGGGGGAAAAUAGCAAGAAGAACAAAUCUCGUGGAAGAAGCCAGAGGUCUAGCCAAAAUUGGUACACGAUGUUAAAACUAGCGAUCGUCCUGCUGGUAUUCAGCUUAGUGGAAGCGAAUCGAUUCCGUGCAGACUAUCCCGGGCCGUACUGUGCUGCUCGUAGAUAUGACCGGUGCUGUCAUGAACGCCAGGAUGGCUGCUCACAACCAAUCUCAACUACUCUCUGCUACUGUGAUGAAUUCUGCGAUCGUGGCGAACACGGUGACUGUUGUCCGGAUUACGAAGAAGUGUGCCUGGGGAUACCACCAGAAUCUUUGACCGUACCCUGUACUCAUAACGGCCAAACUUUCACUCCAUUCGAUCCUCCCGUGGUGGAUAACUGCAAUACAUGCAAAUGCAAUAUGGAUGGUUCGAAGACCUGCACCGACGACGUCUGUUUGACGGACAAUGAACUGCUGAAGCAGCUGAAUCACUUGGAGCGAUCGAUCGGCUGGAAAGCCACCAACUACAGCGAAUGGUGGGGUCACAAAUACGACGAAGGUAAAGUAAUGCGACUGGGCACGUUCUACCCGAAGAUCAAGGUCAAGUCCAUGAGCCGGCUCACCAACGGACUGGAUCAUCUGCCGACGCACUUCGAUGCCACCAACUAUUGGCCCGGUUUCAUCGGAAAGGUUAGAGAUCAGGGUUGGUGUGGAUCGUCGUGGGCCGUUUCGACCGCUUCCGUUGCUUCCGAUCGCUUUGCCAUCUUGUCGAAGGGCCGCGAAACCGUGCAGCUCGCCCCGCAGCAGAUCGUUUCCUGUGUCCGCAGAAGCCAGGGUUGCAGUGGAGGACAUCUGGAUACCGCCUGGAGCUACCUCCGUAAAGUUGGAACCGUGAACGAGGAGUGCUACCCGUACAUCUCCGCUCACAAUGUCUGCAAGAUCCGUCCGUCGGAUACGCUGAUCACUGCCAACUGCGAACUGCCAAUGAAGGUGGACCGAACCAACAUGUACAAGAUGGGCCCGGCCUUCAGUCUGAACAACGAAACCGACAUCAUGCUCGAAAUCAAGAAACAUGGACCCGUGCAAGCUAUCAUGCGCGUGCACCGGGACUUCUUCUCGUACAAGAGCGGCAUCUACCGCCACUCGGCAGCAUCGACUUCCGCUGAUCAACGGGCCGGAUACCACUCAGUGCGUCUGAUCGGUUGGGGAGAGGAGCGACACGGCUACGAGGUCACUAAAUACUGGAUCGCCGUCAACUCGUGGGGCACCUGGUGGGGCGAAAACGGCCGCUUCCGUAUCCUGCGAGGAUCCAACGAGUGCGAAAUCGAAAGCUACGUGCUGGCCUCCCUUCCGUACGUGCACCAGCAGGUCAAGGACUUGGGAGUGAAAGGGAAUCUACAACACAUGAUCGUCGGAACGGGAUACGUUCCACAUCCUAGCCAGAAAUACCCGUAUAAGGUCGUUCGCUUUAAUUGAAAGGGCUCCCUCUCAACCACCCCUCGCUCCACCGAGGCCACGCCUCGUCCAUAGUAGAACCAGAGCGAUGGCAGUUUGAAGCAAACAAUGUACAGUAUUAAUGUAAGGAACGUUUCGGAAACCCUCUGUGGCAAGGAUCUGCAAGAGCUUAUUCAGAAAACGGUGAUCACUGGAAGAUGCCGCUGCUGCCGUGAUGAACGCCGAAGGCAUCUCACACUACACUAAAAAAAAAAACACUCAAACAAACGAACAGAAUCGCGUUUCGAAUGUAUACUGCCGUCGUCGUUUGGACCCUCCUCCAUUUCUAGCGCGCGAAAAAUCUACGAUUUUAGGCAAACCCGAUUUCUCUACACACAUACAGUUAGCGAGUUUCAUUUCAAAGAGCACUAGUCGACAAUGCAAACACAAACGUAAACGAAAGUGUUCAAAUUCUCAAAAUUUUUAAGAAAUUGAGUCAGUUUAUUUUAAGUUAAGUCGAAAUUGGAUUAAAUCUAGUUUUGUUGUAGUUAUUAAGUCGCUUUAGUUACCUUCAAAUUUCGUUAGGAGAGAAAGAUAGA